AUGGAAAACCUUGAAGAAUAUAAGAAAUCAGAAGAAAUCUGUGAAGAAAUCAUUGGCAUUGAAGGCAUAGGUGAUGAAGAGCCCAAAGAACAAUGUCAGAAACAAAAGCACAAAAUGAAAAUACCAAAAAAUAUUAAAAUGAAAAAUAUUAUAAAACACAGAAAGAAUUCAAAAUCUGAAGCUGCCCUCAGCCCCGAAGCACUGUUAGUGGACCUUGACACUAUUGAAGGCAUAGCAGAUUCUCCUGGUGAUCCUGAAGUGGGAUGUCAGAAACAAAAAAUCAGAAUCAAAAUAUCAGAAAAAAUUAAAAUUCUUGACUUCAAGAAAUGGCAGAAGUAUUCAAAAUCCCCUGGAACUCCAUCAGUGGAAUUGGAUUUCAAUGGGAACCUUGAGCAGAACCGUUUGGCUGAAGCACAGCAACAGCUGGUGAAAGCUGAGGAACGUCUCUUCGUUUCAAAAGAAGGGGCCAGGGCAGAAGAUGAGGAAGACAAGCUGCAUAUGGACUAUGAGAUCUUUGUUUUGCACCUGAGAUUGGCCAUCAAUGACUCUUUCAGUGAGGACAACCAGGAGACACUCAAGAGUGCUUUGACUUCAAUACUUAAAGAGGAGGCACAGGACAGACGCUGGAUGGAAGUGGCCGUGGAUCAACGUCCAGUAUGGAGGCCCACAAGGUGCAGACAGAUUCAUGACACAUUACUCCAGACUACCGUGGAGGAACGAAUGAAGAAUGCAGAUGAACAGGAGAAUAAAGCAGACAUGCUGUCUACCUCCUUGAAGAGAGAGGUGUUCCGAAUGGGCAAACAAGUGCAGAAGGAUCUGCUCACAGUGGUCCGAAAUCUGAGAGAGCGUUACCCACCAGACUUUGACAUCUGCAGAACGUAUGCUCAGCUCUACCAUAAAGCCUUUUCCACCAGACUUCAAGAGCUCGCCAGAUCCCAAAUCAGUUCUGAGGAUUGUUUCUAUAUAUUAAGUUGGAUUGUGGAGUACUACCCAAAAGAUGUAUUGAAGCAUAAAGAACUAGAGGAGCACAUCAACAGUUCAUCACUUGGACCUCUGUUACCUGAAGAAGACCUUAAGAGAUUAGAGGAACAGUACUUCUCUUACAAAGAGAACGAGAUCAGAAACUGGUUAUCCAAUGCUUUUGAGAAAGAAGUGAAAAAAUGGAGUGAUGGCAUCGAACCAGAGCUGAUGGAUGGAUACUACUUCAAUAACCUUGCUGUUGAUGUUUUACCACUUGUUGAUGGGGCUGUAAAAGAUGUCAACACACUUUUGAGCUGUGAAAAUAAAGCCCGGAGUCUUCUAAAACAGCUGGACAGCUUUCUUCUGAGCUAUAAGACAAGUCUGGAGGAACUUGUCAAAAGAAAACAAGAAAACAUUCCUAAAACUCUCACUGCUAAUCUGGUUAACAUUUACCAGUUUAGGGAUUAUGUACAAAAACCAGAACAUCCUUUCUCAGAGGACACUAGAACAGCUUGCCUGUCCACAUUAGCAGAUCUCAAAAACAUUUGUCACAAAUAUUUCCUGAGUCGUAUUCACACAGAACUGAAGCCGCUGUAUCGUAAACUGUGGACUCAAGUUUGGUUCACUGGACAUUGUGAGGUUGUGGAGGAGCUGGUGAAGGCGCUUGAGAAUAAAAUAGACAAUUUCAAAGAACUAAAGUCUGUCUGCAGAGAGGAGCUACUGGCUGAGCUGCAUGUAGAAGUAAUGGUUGAAUAUGUGAGGCGAAUGAUGAAGAGAAAACUAAAACUGAAAAGCAAAGAGCAGCAAGAAGCAGCUGCUGAGUUCAUCUGCCACGACAGCAAUAAAAUCUGCUCUGUGUUUGCCAAAGUGGGAUCCAGAGAGGAAUGGCUCUGUCAAAUACUGCCCAAAUUAUCAGAGAUUCUGAGACUGCAGGAUCCUGGGAGUUUGCAACUUGAGAUUGUUACUCUGGCAAGAGACUAUCCUGACAUAAGUGAGCAGCAUGUUCUUGCUCUCCUAAACCUGAAGACCAACCUUUCAAGCUCAGAUCUGCGCAGGAUCAAAGGGUGUCUGAGCGAAAACAGAGGCACACUGGACACACUGGAGUCCUCUACUUCCUUCUUCUCUAAAGUACUCAUCAAACGGAAAAUCAUCUAAAUGCCCGGUUACAUCUAUAGCUAAUGCUAAACAACUGUGAUUCAUACUGUGAUACAUAAUCAGUGUUGUUAUGUAAUAUUUAUUAU